AGUGUCAUUUCUGAUCAGGCGGAAGUCAGCGGCAGCUCCUCUGUCACGGGCUUUGACGUCAUCGGGGUCUUUUCUCGUGUGGCUCUGUGAGGGUCAUGCAGUCAGUCUGAUCUCUGUUAUUAUUAUUAUCAUAAUUUCUCUGGUUUGAUCUCGUGUCGUGUGGUCUGAUCUCGUCAUGAUGGGCGGCAGCAGCAGCAGGAUCGCGGCGGGUUUGGGCGCGGCGCUGUUCGUCGGUUACUGCAUUUACUUCGACAGAAAGAGACGGAGCGACCCGAACUACAAGAACAAACUGCGAGAACGAAGGAAGAAGCAGAAGGCAGCUCAGGAGAAAGCAGGAUUAUCAAGGUUACCAGACCUGAAAGACGCUGAAGCCGUUCAGAAGUUCUUCCUGGAGGAGAUCCAGCUGGGAGAAGAGCUGCUGGCUCAGGGUGACUAUGAGAAGGGCGUGGAUCACCUGACGAAUGCGAUCGCCGUGUGCGGUCAGCCACAGCAGCUCCUGCAGGUUCUGCAGCAGACGCUUCCUCCUCCGGUCUUCCAGAUGCUGCUGACCAAACUGCCCACCAUCAGCCAGCGUAUCGUCAGCGCUCAGAGCGUCAGUGACGACGACAUCGAGUAGCAGGAACUCCAGUGGCUCCAUGACAUCACUUCCUGUCUGCCCAUUUCCAUCCACUGAACGCACAGAUACGGAUUUGAAGAAGCGUUUGAGAUGAAAUGUGUGCUCUCUAAAUUUUGAGUCUGAAAUGAGUGUUUCAGUGAUGAGCAUGACCUGUAAACAUCCAUUAUUUCGUCUUUUUUUACUAACAAACGAUUGCAGUUUUUGUUCAAAAAAUAAAUAAAUAUAUCAUGCAACCAGUAAAUGUGCUCAUAGACCGGAUGUUUACAGUGUCUUCUGUCUGUCAUUGGUGAAUGUUGAAGCAGCUGCUGUCGUUUAUCUGUGUUCAUGUAUUUAAGUUAUUGUCGAAGGCUGCCUGCUGUGGCAUUGUGGGAUAUGAAGCACGUUUAAUGGUGCUCUGUUUCAACUAGGGAAGAGUUUCCUCUUUUUUUAAACUCCAAAUAAAAACAGUUGAAUCAGUCA